UUAAUUUUCAUAAGCUACCUUACCUGCUUCCUACCUUUCUCGCAGGUAAUAAAUAAAUAGUUGGGGAGAAAAAGAAAAAGGUCAGAUAGUCAGAAAAGGGAAGGGACACAAAGAAGAAAAAAGAAAGUCCGCGAUGGAUACUCUACGAGACGCCCUGCAGCCCCUCCGGCCACUCACGAACAGCCUCCCUGCUCCCAUCGCCGAGCUUGGUGUGUCUCUCAUCGGCGACACCUGCUACAAGGCCCUGAUCCUCGAGCUUGACCCGACCGAAUCCGAGUGUCUCAAGCUGGCCAUCUCCAAAGGGCUCGGCAUCGGCAUCAUCGGCGCCUCGUCCAUCGUCAAGGUCCCGCAGAUCAUCAAGCUCGUGAGCUCGCAGUCCUCCUCCGGCAUCAGCUUUUUGUCCUAUCUCCUCGAGACCUCGUCCUACCUCAUCUCCCUCGCCUACAACGUCCGCAACGGCUUCCCCUUCAGCACCUUUGGCGAGACCGCCCUCAUCCUCGGCCAGAAUGUUAUCAUCACUGUUCUGGUGCUGAACUACAGCGGCAGGGCGAGCAUGGCUGCGCUGUUCAUUGCCGCUCUUGCCACGGCUGUCGUUACGUUGUUCAAGAACGACUUAUUUGACAUGCAGACGCUGAGCUACCUCCAGGCUGGCGCGGGCGUUUUGGGCGUCGCUAGCAAGGUGCCGCAGAUCGCUGCCAUCUUCCAGGAGGGCGGCACCGGCCAGCUGAGCGCAUUUACUGUCUUCAACUACCUCGCCGGCUCGCUCUCGCGCAUCUUCACGACGCUGCAGGAGGUCGACGACCAGCUGAUCCUGUACGGCUUCAUCGCCGGCUUCGCGCUCAACCUCGUCCUCGCCGCGCAGAUGGUCUACUACUGGAACGCGCCAUCCGCCAAGGUCCGGGGCAAGAUGAAGGAGCCGAAGGUCCCGGCAGUGACGACGACGACGACGCCCAGCAAGCAGAGCGUGGCUUCGACUACGCCCAGGAGCAAGGGGCCGACUACGCGACGGAGGGGUUAGAUAGAGGGUUGGAGAUGCCCCCCGAAACGGAACGGUCGGAUUGGGUUACGACGGGUGGUACUUAGAACAGUUGGCCUACCUACCUAGAUAAUUAAUAUUGUAAUAGACUUAUGUUAUAGUCUUGCCUAUACUACUCUCAACCGGUCUGAAAGGGGAGGGAAGCCAAUUGCCUCUUAUCAGAUUCUGACAUGUCAUGUGUCACGGUCACAGUCCCUCCUU